AUGAGCAAUCCUGCUAUUUUCACGGUUGCAGAAGGCCUUUUCCUGCCUCCGUCCAAGCUCCUGGGUAGCCUGGAACUUAUGCCUGGCGUUCAGUUAGCACCAGUGGAAAAAGAAGAUCAUGCUGAAGAAAUUGUAACCAGGUGCAUUGUAGAAGUCCUUUUGAAUGGUUUGUCAAAAGCCAAUGCUCCUCCCAUCAAUCCUCAGUGCAAGGAGCUUCUGAGAAAAAACAAUCAGCAAAAGCAAGAAAAGGAAAAUGGGGGCAAAGACCUAGAACGUGACAUGAAAACUGUACCAGAACUAGAGGAAAAAAAGAACUCUCCUGAAGGAACUGUGAGGGAAGAACAAGGUCUGAAGGAAGAAGGAUUUAAGAGACAGGCAGAAGGAGAUGAGACAUGGCACUCAGAAGGGAAACCACAUGGGGGAACCAGCCACCUUCAAGACAUUGCUCAGGGGGAUCCUUGGAAUGAAGCCCAUAACAAAGAAAGAAAGAAGGGAGAUGAUAAAAGAACUGAGGAGGAUGGCAGCAGCAAGAGAAAUGGCCAUGACAAAGAAGAAAGCAAGGACAAGAAACACAGUGAAGAUGAGAGACAUGAGGGUCCAGAUGAAAAACCUGUUUCUUUAAUAGAAAAAGGAGUUGAGGGUGAUUACAAGCACUCUGGGGGCCAAAGGUACUUGGAAGAAAUUGUACGUAGCCAAGAAGAGAGAGAUGAAGAAAGCAAGGAGGAGGAAGAUGCUGAAGAGGAGGAGGAGGAAGAAGAAGAAGAGGAAAGCCGUGAAAAAUACCACCAUAGUUUUCAUCGAGAAUAUGAGGACUCCUCUGAGAGGGAAGAGGCUGAACCAGAGAAACAAGGCCACAAGCCAAGGCAUUACCAUAGGAAACCAAGGCUGGGCAGUUCCUCUGAAUACAGAAGACAUCAUCAUGAUGAGAAGAAGGACUCCCCUGAGGAGUCGAGUGAGGAAGAACGUGAAUUCUGGGACAAAAGGAGCCACUACCCCAAACAUUAUUAUGAGACAGGCCGUCAUUCUGAGGAGAAAAGAAACUCCAAUGAGAUUCGUGACUCUGAAGAAAUGGAGGGAACUAAACAGUAUCGGGACAGAUGGCAGCACAGCAGAGAGGACAACGAAGAAGAUGAUAUGAGGCACCACAGCAACGAAGAUGAAGAGAAACAGUACCACUAUGAGAGAAAAAGAUUCCCAGAUGAACCAGAAAGGGAGAUAAGACAUCGUAAUAAGCUCAGGGAGGAUACAGUAGGCAAGCCACACAAUUAUGGCAGUAGAGAUGAGAAGAGGUUUCAGCUACAGUUGGAGGAUAUGCCAAAGCCACAGAAUAUUGAGAGAAAGAAUGAGGAGCAGAGACUUGAGAGCCUCGAAGAGGGUCCCAGUGAAGAAAAAAGACAUUCUGAUGAGGAAGAACUGGGAACAAGACAUCACAGCGAGCAGGAGAAGCACCUUCCAAACAAAAGGACACUUCUGAUAGAAGAAGGCUAUCCAAGAAGCCAUUAUCUGGUACAGAAUCUGAAACGAGCAGUAGCCCCAUAUCUCCCAUACUACCAACAACUCAGAUGGAAGAAUAGGCAUGCUGAAAAGAAAGAUGAUCUCAGCAAUCCAUAUUUGGAAAGCGAGGAAGAACUUGGGUCUCGUUUGAGUGAACGGGAAUUCUUUCCUGAAUAUAAUGACUACGAUUUGUGGGCAAAGAAGCAACUGAUGGAAGGGCUGAAUCACAAGCAUCAUGAGAGCAGCCCUCUUGAACGGAGCCACAAAUUUGAUGUGAAAAGACAGUACAACAAGAUGGACGAACUUGCCCAUCUGUUGAGUAACCGGAAGAAAUCUGUGGAAUUUCCAGAAUUGUACAGUUCUAAGGAAGAUGUGAAAAGGGGGCACAUCAUAAGAAACAGUGAGGCCAAACUCAGUCAGAGGCCUUUGACCCAAGAUGAGGAGAAAGAACUGGAAAAUCUGGCGGCUAUGGAUUUGGAACUGCAGAAGAUAGCAGAGAAAUUCAACAGCAACCGGAGGGGAUGAAUCGUGCCUGUUGCUUCGACGGGUGUGUCCAAGUGGAGAUUUAUUUGCGGUACCCUCUAUUAACUGGCGACACCACUGCCCUGCAUGGUGUUCCCCUACCCUUCUGUGUCAGAAAUGCCAUCUACUACCCUGUGAAUGUAUGAUUUACACAUCUAUGUGCAAGCAUUUUUCAAUUCCAAAUUUGCUAGGAAGAUCAGUCAGCAUGAAUUCUAGCAUAUAGAUUCCUGUGUAAAAAAAGACAUUUUUAAAAUGUGUGUAGAAAUAAUUGUGUUUGUGCUCUUUCAAAAUGUAUUGUCUUCAUUUGACACAAUAAAAAUCACAUUGUCCACAAUA